CAUCAAACCUUAUCCUCUCAACAAGGCAGUAUCCUUCGCAACCCAUAACUAAAAAAACAGCACAUUUUUUGUCCUCCAAACCAAACCUUAAGUCCCUGAAAUUUUCUUCCCCAACAUUAAGACAAAAUUUACAAGAAUGGCAACUCCAUUCCUCUCCACUGCAAAUUCCUUCCUCUCCCCUUCUCUCGCUUCCCCAACAUCUCCCUCACCACAUUCUUCAUCUUCUUCACUAGCAUUUCCACAGCCCUUUAGAACAGCCAGGAAACUGCCCAAUUUAUGCAGAGCUUGCAGUGACUCCUCCUCGUCAACAGAAUCCCGUGAUGUGGUAACCAGCAGGAGGAGCUUAGCUCUUUGCUUAAUCACUGGCCUCGCUUUCUCAUCACUGCCCAAUGCAGACAUCACUGCUUCUUCUGCUAAUGCUGCAAUACUGGAAGCUGAUGAGGAUGAUGAACUCAUGGAGAAAGUGAAGCAGGAUAGGAAGAGGAGGAUUGAGAGGCAAGGAGUUCUCAACUCUGCCAAGAAAGAAACAGGGUAUUUGCAAGAUGUGGUUUACAAUCUGAGUAAAGUAGGCCAAGCUAUAGAGAACAGUGACCUAUCAGCAGCUGGUUCAGUUCUAGGCAAAGGAACCGAUACUGAUUGGGUUCAGAAGGCCAAUGUAGCCUUUGCUAAGCUGAGCUCUGGCCCUGAAGAGAAAACCGAAGUGGACACCUUCAACUCCUCCCUAGCUUCAUUGAUUUCAUCAGUUGUUGGCAAUGAUAUCGAAUCCUCGAAAGUUGCCUUCUAUGCAUCAGCCUCAGCUUUCGAGAAAUGGACCACCUUGACUGGCAUAAUCACACAGCUCAAAGGGAUCUGAAUACGGCAAAACACAUAGAUUGGCUUCUUCAUUUUCGCAUUUCCCAUUCAUCAACACGGCAAUCCUUUUUCAAGUGCGAGCAUUCUCUGUAUUUGGAAGAGCAACCCAAUCUUCCAUAUUUGCAUUUCUUCUUGUCUGGGUCUUGAGGAUGUCAAAGUUGUUUUGAGUUUCAAGUUCGACUAUACUUCUUCAGUAGACAGCAAUGUAAAAGUUGCUUACCUGAGAUUGUGAUAAGUUAGCAAUGGUAAUAUCUAUAACUUCCCCCUAUCGAAUGCCUUUGCCCAGAUUGUGAAGUUAAACUACUCAUUAACAAAAAAAAAAAAAAAAUGAUGGAUAGAUGGAUGACCA